AUGGAUAAUUUCUUUACAAGUGUUCCAUUGGCGAAAAAUCUUCAAACGAAGAAUCUUACUCUUAUAGGAACAUUACGAAAAAAUAAACCAGAAAUACCUAUAGAAUUUCUAUCAAAUAAAACUCGUGAAGUUGGUUCUUCACUUUUUGGUUUUGAAGAUAAUUUAACUUUAGUUUCCUUUGUACCAAAAAAUAAUAAAGCUGUCUUAUUACUUUCUUCGAAACAUCAUGAUAAUCAAGUGGACAAUAAGACUGGAAAACCAGUUAUUAUUUUGGAUUAUAAUAAAACCAAGGGAGCUGUUGAUACUGUAAAAAGAGGUACAAAGCGGUGGUCACUUUGUAUUUUCUACGGUAUGAUAGAUAUCGCGGCUCUAAAUGCUUUUAUUUUAUGGAAAGCGAAAAAUCCAGAAUGGAAUCGAAAUAAGAGAUAUCAACGGCGAUUAUUUUUAGAAGAACUUGGGCUUAGUCUAGUAACACCUCUGUUGGAUUUUCGUUCAAAAAACUCAAAACGUCUACAUAAAGAUAUUCAAAAUGCUUUAGCUAUUGUUGGUCAUCCUAUAACGAGAAGAAAUUCGGAAGAAUCAAAUGAAGAUUCUGCACAAGGAAAACGAAAACGGUGUUCAAUGUGUGAAACAUCUAAAGACAGAAAAACUUCAACUAAAUGUUAUAAAUGUUCUGCAUUUGUUUGUAACGAACAUAGUAUAAAGCAGAUUUUUUGUAUUAAUUGUUCGAAAUAA